UCCCAGCAGUAGGGACUACCACAGCUAAAACUCCAUUGCCUUUUUGUUAGCCAUAGUGGUUUGGAAAACUGUAACCUGUUUCUGAUCAACUUGGGACGGACAUGGCUGGGAGGAACAUUGGAGUUGCAGUGGACUUCUCAUCAUGCAGCAAAGCAGCUCUGAGAUGGGCAUCGACGAACCUUACCAGGAGCGGUGAUAAACUCAUACUUAUCCAUGUGAAGAGCUCCUAUCAGAAUGAAGAGGGCGCAGUUCAUCUCUGGGAACAGAGUGGUUCACCACUCAUCCCUCUGGCUGAGUUCUCAGAUGUCACCAAGACAUACGCUGUGUCUCCGGACAAGGAGACAAUCGAGAUCCUCACUCAAGUGGCGAAUCAGAGAGGGAUUGAAGUCUUUGCAAAGAUACUCUACGGAGACCCUGCAAAGAAGCUGUAUGAAGCAGUUGACCUGGUUCCCCUCAGCUGCAUGGUUAUAGGGAGUAGAGGGUUAAGCACGCUCAAAAGGGCUCUGAUGGGCAGCGUGAGCACCUAUAUUGUUAACCACGCGGCCUGCCCCGUGACGGUUGUGAAGGAGAACAUGUAGACAUGUAGCGGCGGUCAGCCCGUUGAACACUGCUGUUUACAAGCUCAGUCACUGCAACAGCAACGUCUAUCGGUCUAUGUAUGGUAGUCAGAAUAAAAUGAGUGUGCUUGGCAUGCGCUGAUCCGGUGGAUGCUUGCUGCUUUUACUCCUUGUUUAGAGUUUAACCAGGACCGGACAGAAGAGGUCCUCGUUAUCUGAAGUAUGUAUAUCUUAAGCCUGAUGUAGUGGUAAAAAUAAUUACAUGUAAAUCAGUUCAAAAAAAUCUACUGCCCAAGUUAAAAGUUCAGGCA